AUGGGCGGUCUCACUUAUGGCCUCUAUGGCGCAACCACUGCCCUGACUGUCAUCGGACUCUACAUGCUGUUCAAUGGAGAGGGCGAAGCUUUCAACGUACGCCUGCUUGCCUGCCUACAACCUCACACACGUCUAACACGCCUCCCAGNNGUUGGCGACUUCCUUCUCAGCAUCUCGCCCCACGCAUGGGCUAGCACAGGCAUCGCCCUCUGCAUCGGUCUCUCGGUCGUCGGCGCCGCAUGGGGCAUCUUCAUUACCGGCGCCUCCAUCCUCGGUGGUGGUGUCAAGGCCCCCAGAAUCAGAACAAAGAACUUGAUUUCCAUCAUCUUCUGCGAAGUCGUCGCCAUCUACGGUGUCAUCAUGUCCAUUGUCUUUUCGGCAAAGAUGGCCUCGGUCGGCCCUGACGCCGCGAGAUCUGGCAGCAACUACUACACUGGCUUUGCUUUGUUCUGGUCUGGUCUUUUGGUCGGCGCUUGUAACUUGGUCUGUGGUGUUUCUGUUGGCAUCAACGGCAGCAGUGCUGCGCUCGCCGAUGCUGCUGAUCCCAGCNUUGUACGUAGCCACGGCCCCUUCUUCUCAUUUCCCAAGACUGACUCGUCCCACAGGUUCGUCAAGAUUCUCGUCAUUGAGAUUUUCAGUUCCGUCCUUGGACUUUUCGGUCUCAUCAUCGGCCUUCUACUCUCUGGUCCUGCCGCCGACUUUGCCUAG